CUCUCUCGCGCGCGCUCUCUCUCUCUCUCCACCCAUCCUCCCAUCUCUCACUCACUCCGUUUCAUCCAUCCAGGGUGACGCCAGUCCCUCUCACCCCGCCCCGUUCAACUCAGUCCACCGCGUUCAUUUCAUUCCUGCUCCCAUUCCGCGCAUAUUUCGCAUCCUUGGAGAGACGCUGCGCAUUUUACGCACUCAGCGCGCCCGACCCUUCAUCAAACCCGAACCGAGAGGAGCCUCUGGAGUUGGCGGAGCGCUUCCCGACGCUGCGGCGGCUCCGAUCCGCGGAAAAGUGUGGGAAUUAAUCCAUAAAGAGGCGUAUGAAUCGAGGGUUCGUGCUGCCUGAUGUUGGAUUGUGGACCAGCUUGCCGCGCUGUCAACCCUCUACCUGCAACUGGUCUUAUUACUGGCAGCUAACGUUGGGAAAACCAUUGUGGAGGCAGUAGCCAACAUUUGCAUUCAGUCUGUAGUUGUCCACAGCUGGGUGUCCCCCCACUGGGAGUUAAUUAUUGCUGUUGGUAUUAACAUUUAAGCUUAAGUUUGCCAUUCGCUUUUCGCCGCCUGCUUAGCAUCAAGCCGCUGGCGUUAGCCCCGAGUUCACGUCUGCUAGUUGUAGGUUAGCUGCCAGUAUGGAGCGCAGUAGCUGGAGCGGCAGUGAGAGUGCAGGCGAGGACAUGGACAGACUGAGUGACUCAGGAGGAGAUAAGACCAUGGACGGGGACCCUGAGGGGGUCUGGAGCCCUGACAUCGAGCAGAGCUUCCAGGAGGCCCUGGCCAUCUACCCGCCCUGUGGAAGGAGGAAGAUUAUACUGUCAGAUGAAGGAAAGAUGUACGGUCGAAAUGAGCUGAUAGCCAGAUACAUCAAGCUCCGAACGGGCAAGACGCGGACGAGGAAACAGGUAUCCAGUCACAUCCAGGUCUUAGCCAGAAGAAAAUCCAGGGAGUUUCAGUCUAAACUAAAGGACCAGAAUGCCAAGGAGAAGGCUCUUCAGAGCAUCUCCACCAUGUCCUCGGCCCAGAUCGUCUCAGCCACCGCCAUACACAGCAAGCUCCUGCCUGGAAUAGUACGGACCAGCUUCCCCGGGAGCGCACAGCUGUGGCAGGGGAUGAUUCCUGGAGGACAGUCCAGCUCUACCGCAGAGGAUAUCAAGCCGUUUUCCCAGCAAGCCUACUCUGUGCAGACAGCAGGCACCACCACAAUCUCAGGCUACGAGCCGCCAACCGCGGCCCAAACGCACAGAGAGCCGGCGUGGCAGGGUCGCUCCAUCGGCACCACCAAACUACGACUGGUGGAGUUUUCAUCUUUCCUGGAGACGCAGAGGGACCAGGAGGCAUACAACAAGCACAUGUUUGUGCACAUCAGCCAGAGCAGCCCGAGCUACAGCGACCCCCUGCUGGAGUGUGUGGACAUCAGGCAGAUCUACGACAAAUUCCCAGAGAAGAAAGGCGGCCUCAAGGAGCUGUUCGCCAAGGGCCCGCAGAACGCUUUCUACCUGAUCAAGUUCUGGGCGGACCUCAAUCAUAACAUGCAGGACGACCCCGCGGCCUUCUACGGCGUCACCAGCCAAUACGAGAGCUCGGAGAACAUGACCAUCACCUGCUCCACCAAGGUCUGCUCCUUCGGCAAGCAGGUGGUCGAGAAAGUAGAGACGGAGUACGCGAGGUUCGAAAAUGGCCGCUUCGUCUACAGAAUCAGCCGCUCUCCGAUGUGUGAAUACAUGAUCAACUUCAUCCACAAGCUCAAACACCUGCCUGAGAAAUACAUGAUGAACAGCGUGCUGGAGAACUUCACUAUCCUGCUGGUUGUGAGCAACAGAGACACUCAGGAGACCUUGCUGUGUAUGGCGUGUGUGUUCGAGGUGUCCAACAGUGAGCACGGAGCACAGCAUCACAUCUAUCGACUCGUCAAGGAAUAACACAUACACCUGUACAGUUGUACAACAUGCACACAAGCACACACACACACACACACACACACACACACACAUACACACACACAAAUAUGGCCUUUGCUUGUUUAUUACUGGUGACAUCGGAGAGGAAAUGUCUCAAAACAGAAAAAGUGUCUUUCAGCCAAAAUGACUCGACUCUAGUGAGGAACAACAUGGCUGCCUUUCCACUGCUGCUCACAAGACAUCACAGCAAUAACUGGGUCAUUUUAAUUAACAUCAGAUAUGAGUCCGUACACUGCAGAAUCCUCCCCCAACAAAUAAAUAUUAACUCCGACCUGACUAUCAGAUUGCUCAUUAGCCGAGUGAAGCACAGUGGCAGUGCAGCCAUAGAAACACAUGAGAAUUGACCUGGGUGUUUUUUUUUUCUCGGGAACAUCCUGACUCUGAUAUCACCAGGAGGCAUCUUGACUCCCGCUAAUUGGUCUCGUCCUUCUUCUCCCAGUAAAUUUUCUAUUUUCGCUGCUCCGAUGAUGGAGAUGAAGGUGGUAUUUCUGUCUGGUGUUUCCGGGAAAGUCGACCCAGGAGGAAAAAUCUCACAAUUUUUUUUCUCCCCCUGUGACAAAAAAGUGUGCGUGUGUGUUAUCUGACGGACGCUGGAGGUCAGACCCUGUGUAUCACCAAUAACCAGAGAAGGAAAUGACACCACUGCAUUAUCGUAUAGUACAGUAUAGAGGUGGUUUUGUACAGAUAGCCACUGCAAGUUGUGUGAGCUGUAUUCUUGCACAAAACAAAAAGAGGUUUGUCCCAAAGAAAAGAAAUCCAAUUUUUACCUUUUUGUAUGUUUUCGUUAAAAAAAAAAGAAAAAAAAAAGAAUAGCUUCUAAAUUUUGGGAAAUUGUUUAUCGAUAGUAGCAUAGAGACUAUAUUUUAAUUCCAGGGACACUAUCUAAAAUUUAUGUUAAUAAGAAAGUAUAAGUGAAAUUGAACAAUUCAGGUACCUUUUUGUGCAACAAAUGACUCUUUAUCAAGAUUGAAUGGAUCUUGCAUGUUGAAGCUAUAAUCCUUAAGAUUUCAGUCGAGGCUGGUCUUGUGAUCUUUGUUGGCAUCAACCCUGGUGACAAAUGCGUUAUGCUUCCUGGGAUUGCUUCACAACAAAAGCCACUCCAAUUUCAUCAAUUGAAUGCUUUUAAAGUGAAGCAGCCAUGUUAAAGAAAUGCUGAGCUGGCAUAAACAGCAGUUUAAUACAGCUGUGACACAGCCAUAGGAGAUAGUAAACAUUGAACUUACAAAUAUUAAUGCUGGGUGUGAGGCUAUUUGAAUCCAGCUUGGGAAUGGCGGGGCCCGCCACCAGCAGAUUUUGAAUUUAAAUGUAUUGAAAGACUGUUGCCAACAGGGUUUGAUCAAAUGAAAUUUUAAGGAUUAUAACUUAUAAUGUCAAAUAUAUUGAGGUCAGUCCAUUGGGAAGCACUGUGAGUCUUUAAAAGCAUACGUCAUUCGUGGAGUGAAGGAAACGUCAGAACAGACACAUGAUUUCUCUGAUCAGGUUUCACUUUGCAAAUUAAACCUAGCUUAGUUCAGUAUUCCUGCACCAGCUAACUUGAGCUUUAACACGUCCAUACUGACGCAUUUGUUCAAGCCUGAAAUGUUAUAUUUCAACUGAAAAUUGCCCUGAAUUGCCUGUUUUGCAUUUUGAGAGCUCUCCGUGUCAGGACAGCUCGCUCAGUGCUCGUUUCUGUCUGCAGAAGAUGUGAAAAAUAUCGAGGACACAGAACCCUUUAAUCUGUCCUGGACUGGUUCCGUUAAAUUAGAUGGUUUAAUGGCAGAAUUAAAGUAAUUUAUAAUCAUAAACCAAAAAAACACUGAUGAUUUAGAGUACUGCAGCAGUUGACUGGUGGUUCGUCUGUGUCAUGCUCCGCAGCAUGAAGUGCCUUUGGUUGGGAACCGCAGUAGACAUCUCUGAUCUGUUUCAUGUAAGUCCUGAUGAUUUUAUGUUGUGGAUGGUGUAUAGAGGGGCAUUUUUAGUGAUUAUAAAGAACGCCUAAUUAGGCAUCACAUGCUCAAGUUUUUGUUGUCUGAGGGCCAAUUAUCAAAUUCCAUACUGAGUGGCUGUUUCUUGUUGUAAUUUGUAGACAGGCUGCACUGAACCACCCUGAAGAAUUUCCACUGUUUGUAUGUCCUGCAGGAUGUUAAUGAGACGCAUUCUUGUUCACAUUUACAUGUAUCUGCAUUUGUGUAUUACAUGUAUGUGUGACAGAUUCAUGCUUGAACAGCUUGCGCACUUGGUCUUGUCUGGUAUCUGUUUUCUAAAAUGCCACUUGGACUUGCAACUAAUUUGAGUAUCUUCAUAUCCCUGUUGUGAAAAAAUCUUUUUAAAAGAUCUGGGCCUGAGUUUUAUUCAGAUCUGAUGGGAAACAUUUUCAUACCGUAUGAGGAAGAUAAGAAAUAGUUUGACAUUUUGGGUAAUCUACUCACCUGCAUUCUUGCCCAUGGUAAGAUGAUACGAUUGAUACCACUCUUGUGUAGGUGUGCUAAGGCUUGGAAAUGAGACUGUUAGCAUGUUUUAGCUUAGCCUUAAGACUGCUAAGACUAAGUGUUUUAAGGCUUUGUUUUUUUCUGUACAUUAAACAAGCAACAUGAACAUGCUAAAUCUCACAUAUGUCAGAACUUUAGUUGAAAACAUUCAAAAAAACUAACUAAGCUCAACUCAACUCAACUAUUAACAACUUCCUAACAGAAUGUUAGGAAAUCACAGUUUUGACAUCAUGACGUGUUGUGCUCCAGAGAAAUCUACUGAAGUUAGCAUGCUAACCAGAUAACCCCGGCUCGUCCCUGUCCAAAGUUCAUGUGCUAUCAGUGUUGCGCUCCAAGCUCCCAGUCUGCACAGCUAACAGAGCUAUCUCACUUACGGCAGCUACAGUUAGCAACAGUUAGCUUUUACUGUGGUGAAUGCUGCCCCCUGUUUGUUCUGAGUAUGAAUUGGACAGCUGGGCAGUUCUUCUUUAUUGCACCUUUUAAAUGAGAGUUAAUGGUUCCUUUUAGCAUUUCUGUGAAGCUAAGCUAACUAGCAGCUAGCUGUAGCUCCAUAAUUACUGUACCAGAAGACGAUUGGUGUGGAUCUUCUCAUCAAACCCUUGGCAAGAAAGCCAAUCUGUGGUUGUGUUUUCCGGAAUUUCAACUAUUCAACUAUUUCUCCAAAACAGAAAUUAAAAUAAUUCAAGAGUAAGCUACCUUACAGCUAGCAUUUCAUAAAACAAAUGGUCCAAAAUGCAUCAACGCGUGGUCUUUUUCUGACAAGUUGUAGCAUAUUAAGCCAGAUAAACCUGCUUCAAGGAGCAGCAUCCCAGAAGUUCUUGUGGGAGGUAGUGGGAAGAUUCCUGCCAGACUCAGUUUGUCCAUCAUGUAGCUUGAAAAGGUCCAACUCCAAAAUGGUGUGCGUCUUUAUAAAUGAGGCCCAGAGGUUUUCUAACAUCUUAACAACAAUAAAGAAUACUGUGUGCUGAUUAGGACUGUGCCAAGACUCACAGGAUUGUGUUCCAGCUGGGAUGUUAUGUGGUGUCCAGACUACCCAGUCAUUAACUUUGUGUUUAGGGCAACUUGUACUAUUUUAACCAGACCUGAAAAUGAGCCAUCUGUAGUCAGAAGUUGCCAGCUGUGACAUAUUUGGUCUUAACAAGUAAUGACUCACCCCUGACUCAGAUCUGACAGCUGUAGGAGGACCAUCGGUCUUCCACCUUUGCGCUCCCGUGGGUGUCUCUCAGGGUUACAGCCACCUGUCCAACAAAACACAACCUUUCCAACUGGCUGGUGAAUCAUUCUGUCAGGAAAACCCCCUGUCAAAACCCCCCACCCGCCUUAAACUUUCCCAGAGUUUUGUCUCACACUACAGCAUUGUGUUGUCUGCAGGACCUUCGCAGCAGAGCACCAACAUGUAACGUGUACGUGAGAAGCCGCAGAGGGGCUGAUUCUGCAAUAAUGACCCUCUGUCUGGAUAUUAUCUACCACCUGCUUACCAAAGACAGACGAAAUACAGAGGAAAAGGAUUUAUUACAAGAGUAACUAGAGCUAGAGUAACUUACAAGCUUCUGCCAAAAAAAAAAAGAAAAAAAGAGAGUAAUGGAACAGGACUAUCAACCUAGAAACAUCUGUAACUUAUGGGCUACACUGUACAAAUACAGCAGAUAGGGUCAAAAACAACCGUUUCAUGUUCUGAACCCGGGUUAGAAAUGUGUUUUUAUGAAAAUGUUUUUAUCUCUAAAUACGUAUUUUAAUUUAACUUUGUCAAAUAUGGACACCUCUUAUCAUCUUGGUUGGCUGACCGAGCAGGCCGCUGCAAACUGUGAUUUAUUCAAAUGUCUGAGUCAACCGUAGGGUUCCACUGUUCAACGUCCGCUCGCUAUAAUCCUCUAGAAAAUGUGCUCACACACACACACAAAAAAAAGCAGUCGAUACAGGUUGCCUGAAGGUCGUCUCAAAAGGUUUCUGGAUCAUCGUCGUCCGUGUUGUUAAUGUCGUCUCGUACGUGCUGUUGAUAUUUAUCUUCUUUUCCGAACCGCGUGUGGCACAGAAAGCCUGUCUGUAAUCAAUUCCAAAAUGGCCUUGAAUCUUUUCGCCCCGGUGCACCCGCAGCGCAUCUGUGCGUGCACUGAGGGUUUUUUGAUAAGGUGCUUUGUAUAAAGGUGACAAUAACGUUUAUUACAGAUGUUGUGUAUAUCUUUGAUAUUCUAAUGUUUAUCCUAUUUUGCGAAGAAGAGAGUACAUUUAGGAAAAUCCAAAAGCUAGUGAUGUGUGUCUAUUGGUACUGCACAGGGUCUGAUCUUUGCUUUGUAACUCCCCCCCAUGGCUAAAAGUAUGUUAGAUAUUUUCUAGCUUUGUAGAGACUUUGUACGCAUAUGCUAUUCAGUUUAAAUAAAUGGUCAGUUCCAAACUGUG